AUGCUGACGCUUCCAGCUGCAGUGCAGUCCAAUGGAAACUGUUUCGGCACCACAGACCUCUGCUGGCUGGCUGUGAAAGCGCGGGCGCCGCCGCGCCGCGCCGCGCGCGCCGCGCCGCGUGCUGGCGGCUUGUUCACAGCAGCUGGUGCUGUUUCCACGCCCGCCACCCACAGUUUGCAGCUGGUGCUGUUUCCACGCCCGCCACCCACAGUUUGGUCAGUGAGUGCCGGGGCAGCGCCGCGUGCUGGUGGCCUGUUCACAGCAGCUGGUGCUGUUUCCACGCCCGCCACCCACAGUUUGCGCCGCGUGCUGGCGGCCUGUUCACAGCAGCUGGUGCUGUUUCCACGCCCGCCACCCACAGUUUGGUCAGUGAGUGCCGGGGCAGCGCCGCGUGCUGGCGGCCUGUUCACAGCAGCUGGUGCUUUUUCCACGCCCGCCACCAACAGUUUGCGCCGCGUGCUGGCGGCCUGUUCACAGCAGCUGGUGCUGUUUCCACACGCGCCACCCACAGUUUGGUCAGUGAGUGCCGGGGCAGCGCCGACUGCUGGCGGCCUGUUCACAGCAGCUGGUGCUGUUUCCACGCCCGCCACCCACAGUUUGCAGCUGGUGCUGUUUCCACGCCCGCCACCCACAGUUUGGUCAGUGAGUGCCGGGCAGCGCCGCGUGCUGGCGGCCUGUUCACAGCAGCUGGUGCUGUUUCCACGCCCGCCACCCACAGUUUGGUCAGUGAGUGCCGGGGCAGCGCCGCGUGCUGGCGGCCUGUUCACAGCAGAUGGUGCUGUUUCCACGCCCGCCACCCACAGUUUGCGCCGCGUGCUGGUGGCCUGUUCACAGCAGCUGGUGCUGUUUCCACGCCCGCCACCCACAGUUUGGUCAGUGAGUGCCGGGGCAGCGCCGCGUGCUGGCGGCCUGUUCACAGCAGCUGGUGCUGUUUCCACGCCCGCCACCCACAGUUUGCAGCUGGUGCUGUUUCCACGCCCGCCACCCACAGUUUGGUCAGUGAGUGCCGGGGCAGCGCCGCGUGCUGGCGGCCUGUUCACAGCAGCUGGUGCUGUUUCCACGCCCGCCACACACAGUUUGCGAGGUCGGCGGCCGCUGCGCCGUGUCAGCCUGCCUCCUGCCGCCAUACACGUCGUGGCUGGCCGCGCCGCCUCCUUAAUGUGCGGUACCGGUGGCGGCGGCGGCGGCGGCGGCGGCGGCGGCAGUGGAGUGACGCCUGGCUGCCUGCCCGUGGUACGGAGUGUGGCUACGGGGGCGGGCGGCGGCGGCGGCUGCGGUCGCGCCGCGAGAGGCUGCCACCGCUGCCGGGGUCAUCCGCUCCGUUACCUCCAGGCUCAGAGGCGCGGGGGCGGCGGCGGAGGCGGCGGCGGGGGCGGCGCUGCGGCCGCAUCGGCAGCCGAGGACCGCGCCGAGUGCUGGCAGGCUGCUAGUGAGUGGCGGAACUAG